UCAACGUAACAGUAGAGGUAAGUCGGUAACUCCCUCUAUAUAUACAAAAAAAAGGAGAUCAUCACUUACAAUCUAAACACUUUGUAAGCAAGUGACUUAGUGACAACAACAACAACAAAAACUUGAGCUUACAAGAAAAAUGACUCUCAAGCUUGUCUUCUUGGCUGCCUUCAUUGCACUUUGUUUUUCUUUAAGUGUUGCGAGAGAGAUGCCUAAGGAUGUAACGGUGCCCUCGGAGCCUUCUCAUGGUCCCCCGUCGCAACCUGGUUAUGGGCGGUGGCCGUCGCAGCCUCGUCAUGGGCUGCCUGGUCAUGGGCAGAUGCCGUCGAAGCCUGUUCAUGGGCGGUCACCGUCACAGCCUGGCCAUGGGCAAGUGCCGUCGCAGCCUGGUCAUGUCCAUCUACCGGUGCUGCCUGGUCAUGGACGGCCGUCACCACCACCACUGGAUGAUACGACAGAGAUGUCCAAGGAGAAAAUGAAGGUGCCGCCUUGUUAUGUGUCGCCUCCACCACCAAUGAUGUAAAAGA